AUGGCUUCGCGUCUUGCUAAGAGCGCCAUUGGCGUCACCCGGCUGCGCCCGACCCUUCCCUCGCGCAACGCUGCUGCCGUCACCCUCUCCGCAGUCCGUUCUGCUUCCAACGUCCCUUCCGAAGACCCAAAGCAGAAGGCCCAGUCGAUCCUCGACUCUCUUCCCGGCAGCUCCCUGGUCUCCAAGACCGCCAUCCUCUCCGCCACCGCCGGUAUCUCCAUCGCCGCCAUUAGCAAUGAGCUCUACGUGAUGAACGAGGAAACGGUUGCCGCGUUCUGUCUGCUCAGCGUUUUCACCGCCGUUGCCAAGUACGGUGGCCCUGCUUACAAGGAGUGGGCCGAUGCCCAAGUCCAGAAGCACAAGGACAUCCUCAACGCUGCCCGUGCCGACCACACCAACGCUGUUAAGCAGCGCAUGGAGAACGUCAAGGAGCUGUCCGGUGUUGUUGACCUCACCAAGCAGCUCUUCGAGGUUUCCAAGGAAACCGCCAAGCUCGAGGCCCAGGCCUACGAGCUCGAGCAGCGCACCGCUCUUGCUGCCGAGGCCAAGCAGGUUCUUGACUCGUGGGUUCGCUACGAGGGCCAGGUCAAGCAGCGCCAGCAGCGCGAGCUCGCCGAGACCGUCAUUGGCAAGAUCCAGAAGGAGCUUGAGAACCCCAAGACCCUCCAGCAGAUCCUUAACCAGAGCGUUUCUGACGUUGAGCGUAUGUUGCGCAACCGAAAAUCUUCGGCCUGA